AAAGAACUAACCAUAACAGUCCCGUGUGGCACAAACACUGACACAGAAAACAACCACCCACAAAAUCCCAACACAAAACAAGCCACCUAUAUAUGAUUCUCAAUCAGGGACAACGAUUGACAGCUGCCUCUGAUUGAGAACCAUAUUAGGCUGAACACAGAAACAGACAAACUAGACACACAACAUAGAAUGCCCACCCAGCUCACGUCGUCCUGACCAACACUAAAACAAGCAAAACACAUAAGCACUAUGGUCAGGACGUGACAACUACAUUGCACAGUUCCAGCUUGAUCUGAUUUAUCUCUAGAGAAACUGUGCAUUGCGCUCACAAAAAAAAAAUUAUGAAUUAGGAUUCAAAUAAUUUCACUUAGUUGCUUAGCACUAGGCCUCUUCUGCUAUGCAAUGGUCAUCACACUGGAUUAAUGAUCUACUAGUCGCACACAUCUCAACAAAAAGUAUACCAGACAUUUUUACUGUGAAUUUUUUGGACAUAGGGACCAAUCUAAGUUUAAAAUGUUGUGAGUGCGUGAGUGUGUGUGUCUACUGUAUUUGUGUGUCACGACUGUAAAGACAUUUUUCUUUCACAUUUGGUAAACAGCACCCUGGUAGGCUUCUGCAGCCUUUGCAGCCUCACUCUACCCAUAAUAUCAAAGUCAUUUUUGAUAAGGCCAAACUGUUAUGAAACGAAUAUUGAAGAAAUGUGUUUCAAACUGUUUGCUUUGAAUGAUUUGUACAGUACCUACUGUACAUUUAUAUCUGACUGCGCAUGAGAGCGCAUCCGAAUCAGUCAGAAAAGACGUGAUACCGUAAAGUGUUGUGUACUCGCGCACACAAAUUUAGGAGGAGGCUGACGCGCGGAUGGCUUGACUGCGCUUUGCAAGCUACCGGUAGACGUCUAGAUUGAAUCAAAUUAUUUCACACUUUUUAUUUGUGUUUGUAUGAUUCCAUUGCGCCACAGACAGAAGGACCGCUUUCCCCCGAGUGCGUAAGUGAACCACAUUUUUUGGUGAUCUAUUGAGUGGAGGCAAGUUAAUUUUUGACCUAACUUCUGAGUUCUUGGAUUACUUGGUGGGGGGCCAAGGGAACUGGCAAUGGGAGCGUGCCUUUGCUGUGCCUCGUACAUUUUUACAGCCUGGUGCCAAGGGACAACAACAACAUGGGUAGCGGUAGUAGUUGUGGAAAGAAGGUUGCAACUGCGAGUGUCAAAGAGAUAAACGCAUUCAAAAGAGAUGACAACACAGUCCAUGUUUCGAACGAGGAAAGUCACUUGUUCAAACCAUUGAAGAUACCCAAAUUGACGAACUUCAAUCAGUCACGAAACAUAGCGCAACAACUAGACUGCCACAGUGAAGGACACGACUCGGAAUUUUCAGUAGAGGAUUAUGACGUUGAUGUGGAACUGGACCGGGUUCUAGAGGAAUAUAACAAUCGGGAAAUGCGUUCCAAAAGGAAAACUUUUGCAAAGACGCUUUUAAUCGGGUCAGACACGUAUGGAUUCUGUAACUCCAGACGGGUCCACAAUGAAAGCGAUUUCAAUUCAACCCCUCACUUGCAGAGUUCUGAGUUGUCGGAAGGGACGGGGGCACAUUGUCCUUAUAACGGUUCUGUAGAAGUCAUCAACAAGGACAAGCAUGUCUUUCACCACUUUUCCAAAGAUACACACAUUCAGCUCCCAAGCGCCUCUCGGGAAAAUGACUUCUUGACAAAGGGGACUUGUGUGGAGUCAGUGCCUCGCUCAGAAUCAGACUCAGUCCCUGCCGAUAGCCACGACCCCUCUCUUUCCAUGCCCGUCAUCCUAUAUGAUGGAUCAGAAGUGGACCUGAUGGAGACCAUAGAGAGAGAGUUUAGUUGACCCCACAGGAGAGACUGGUGGCAACCUGCUCACAUUUCCUGCAUUCACUUUUGGAGAAAGUGCUCACAUUGCUCAUUUUAAAGAUGUACUAUGUUGCUAAAAUUUGAAUAGUUCGCCUAAUUUCAGUUUAUGUGUCAAAACAAGCAAGUUUAGUGUAAGGAAUCAUUGUACCGUCUAAAUCGCUGUGAAAUAUAUUUUCGAUAACCAAAAAUAUAGUAUUUUAAGCUGUUUGAAGCUGGUGUACAAAACCGCAAGAAGAAGACGCAAAAACGAAACUAAAGAACGGGAAGCAUAGAAUUGGAGCACAUAGACCAGAUCUACCACUCCUUAGACUUGCUUUCGAUGACAAUGACAGAUCUAUGACACAAAUUUCUAUGUGAAUUUGGUUGGGUCGCCACAAAAUUUACAUAUUGCCGUUUUAAAGUCUAAAAUGGCAGGAUAACUUUUGAACCAAAGAGUUGUUGUUUUUUUGUUAUGAAUUGAUGAUAGGUGCUGUAUCAGUCAGUUGAAAAACAAUACUGCAUUUGCAGCACCAUGCAGGGCACCCACCACCAACUAAUCUACUAAACUAUGAAUUAUCUCCAUGGUUAUGUCUGUCAAUGGCUAAUAGACAGAACCAUCAAUCUCACAGUGGAAUUCAACAUCAAAUCGGACCACAAAAAUGCUGAAGAAACAAUUCUUUCCACAGUCUUAUAAAUAUUUGUCAUUGAGCAAUGUACUUGUGGUUUUGUUUUCUUACUGUUGCAUAACGUUAGAGUUAAACAGCUGAAGGACGUUGCACUCAUUUCCACAAGGCUUAUGGACGUGCUAUACUAGUAGAAGGAAAGGCAUAUUUUUCUCUCCAUGCCUACUUUUGAAAGGUAUGUGCUAGGUUUGUGUAUUUAUGUUUCAUUUCCUGACCACAGUUCCUGCGGUCUUUCCACCCUUCCUCAGAAGGAAUGUACAGCAGCGGUGGUGAUUUUAAAAUUCAAAUAUUGACUGGCCAAACUCAAUCAACAAAGCUCAUAUGCAUCGAAACCAGUACACUACACUGGCAACACAUUUAAUGCACUUAUAUACUGUUGUGACAGGAAAUAACAGAUUUGCAUGCAAAUCUCUUGGAUAUUGGUGGCGCUCCGCCCCACCUGCCUCACGUGAUGCAUCGGCAGCAGGAUUUUAGAGGAGCUCAAUGUGGCCCCUUUUUUGGCAACUCCCUUUCCACUGAAAGAGAGAAAUCCAGUCACAGAUCUUCAGUUCUACUACCCCACUGUGGUGAGAUACAGGAAUUGCAUCUGCAAUAUAUUGAAUUGGAACACUGAUAUAUGUGUUGAAUUUCGCUAUGUCCCUUCCACAAUGUGAUAUUUCUAAAGUGGCUUAAUUUCAGAUUAUGACAUUCACUCCCUCAAUGGUUGAGGGAAUUAAUGAGGUAGAGAUUUGCAAUGUAGUAUUUCAUAGUAAAUGAUGGCCAGUAGGCUGUACUGAAUUCUGUUUACUACAUCUGUCCUCUUGUAUUUCAAUCUGCUUAUAUGUUCUCAUAAUGAAAAUUAACAUUUUACAGCACAGAUUUACAUAGUUAUAAUAAGUCCUUAAAUCCCAAGUAGGAUAACCUCCCGAGUGGUGCAGCAGUCUAAGGCACUGCAUCUCAGUGCUAAAAGCAUCACUACAGACCCUGGUUUGAUUCCAGGCUGUAUCACAACCAGCUGUGAUUGGGAGUCCCAUAGGGCGGUGCACAAUUGGCCCAGCAUUGUUAGGGUUUGGCCGGGGUAGGCCGUCAUUGUAAAUAAGAAUUUGGUCUUUAUUAACUGACUUGCCUAGUUAAACAAAAAAUAAAAAACAUUUCAAUGAUUUAUUAUACCUCUCACAUGGAAAGCUUUGAAUAAAUAAAUAAACUAGCUAUGGCUAUUA